UACCUCUUUACUCCCCCGAAAGCUCCUACUAUUAACUCACCUCUUUCUCGACUUCCACACAUCCACCACCAACAUGGACUCCCAUCCAACAGUCCGAGGCUGCCUCAUCUCCUUCCCCACUCCGCAAAUCCUCCUCCUCACACUCAACCGCCCCGAGAAACGCAACUCCAUCACACUAGCCACCAGCGCCGAAAUCCAACAGCUUUGGCAAUGGUUUGACGCCCAUCCAGCUCUGCGUGUCGCCAUUAUCACCGGCGCAGGGGGUUCAUUUUGCGCUGGCGCCGAUCUCAAAGAAUGGAACGACCUCAAUAGCCGCGGGAUCGAAAACAAAAUGACCGCCCCAGGCCUAGCAGGACUCCCCCGCCGCCGCGGCUCGAAACCCAUCCUCGCGGCCGUCAACGGCUUCUGCCUCGGCGGCGGCUUCGAGAUGAUCACGAACUGCGACAUCGUCAUCGCCAGCCGCAACGCCACGUUUGGACUCCCCGAAGUGCAGCGCGGGAUUGCGGCCGUGGCGGGCUCGCUACCGCGGCUGGUGCGCGUGCUGGGCCGGCAGCGCGCGGCGCAGGUCGCGCUGACGGGGCGGCCAUUCUCGGCGGCGCAGAUGGAGCGGUGGGGGUUGGUGAAUGAGGUGGUGGACACUGCUGAGGGGGCAGUCGCGCGUGCGGUGGAAAUCGCGGUGGAGAUUGCGAGUAACAGUCCCGAUAGUAUUCGGGUGACCCUCGAAGGGUUGCAUUUGGGAUGGGAGGUGGCGAGUGUGGAGGAAGGGAGUGAGCGGUUGGUGGAGGAGUGGUAUGGGCGGUUGAUUGCUGGGGAGAAUUUCCAGGAGGGGGUGAGGGCGUUUGCGGAGAAGAGGUCGCCGGUGUGGAAGGCUUCGAAGUUGUAG